GAUGAUCUAGAAUGGUGAAACCACCGCUCAAAUCUCCUAGCCAUAAAUGGGAGCGAGUGGUUCACCCAAAGUUUCCUAAGGCUCAGAAUCCUAGAACUUUGAGGCGACGUUUACAACGCAAGAAAGUAGAAGAAAGGCACCAGCAACAGAUGGAGAACUCAGGGGGCAUGACAGAUCUGGCUCAGCCACUCCCAGUGAGAAUGAAAUCUGUCUGGGUCCCGAAAGACAAAAACAGGACAUCAAGUCAAACAUCACCAGAAGAUGAAAAGCAACCCAGAAGUCCAACUUCUCCCCAAAUUCUAACUAUGGAGACAAGUGAGGAAACUGGCCUGAAAGCAACGUUCAAGUCAAAUCAAAUUGAGGAAGGAAUUAUUGAGAUUCUUGCAAAGGAGGAUGAAAAUGAGAUUUCAACAGACAAAAUUAUAUUUGAGAAGCUAGAAGAGAGGAUGGCCAGACAUAUAAGGCCAUUAUACAUUCAUGCUCACAUGGAUGGGAUGCCAAUUAAUCGAGUUUUGGUGGACAAUGGUGCUACUGUCAACGUGUUGCCAACUUAUAUGUUACACAAGAUUGGCAAAUCUUUGAAAGAUCUGAUGGAGACAGAAGUGAUGAUUAGUGACUUCACUAGAGGAGUAAAUUGUUCAAGGGAAAUUUUGCCAGUGGAGCUCACUAUGGGAAACAAAAUUCUCAUGUGUGCAUUCUUUAUGGUUGACACUAUAGCCACUUAUAAUACAUUAAUUGGAAAAGAUUGGAUCCAUUCUAGCUGGUGUGUUCUUUCAACAUUGCACCAGAAAUUGAUAUUCUGGAAUGGUGGCAGAGUUGAGGUUGUGAAAGCUGAUGACAAACCUUUUGCAGCUAACACAAAUUCGAUGGAAGCUCGUUAUUAUGAUGAAGAAAUUGGGACCAUCUGUUUCUUUGGGAUGGACCAUAAUGGCAAACCAGCUGGAAUUACUGCCAAUACCAGAUCAGUACGCACUAGAUGCACAGUAAAGGAGAAGAAAAAGGCCGUGGAAGAAAUCCAAAGGAAAUUAGCAGCCUAUCUUGUAGAAAAACAGAUCAAUGUAGACAGAUCUGAGGUCGUCCACGAAAGUGAAGAGGAAAAUCUGACAAAUGUGGUUACUAUGGAGGAGUUAGAUCUAGUUCGAGCCAAACUUGACAAUCUGAAAGUAGAAGUACAAGAUCCGUUGGAUGAGGUAAAUAUGGAUAUUUCGAAUUCCGACUGAGUCAAAUUUGGGUGAAAUUGCAUAAUAUUUUCUUUUCCAAUUUAGCAUUUUUUAAGUGUCAAUAAAAGUGCUGAUUUGAA